AUGGUUGCAUUAAACCCCAAUAAGUAUGGGCAAAAUUUAGGAGUGGAACCUCAAAAAUUUCAAGAUGAAUCAGAUCAGGCUAGCACAUCGUCAGCGUCGCCGUUGACGGGAGAGCCGUAUAGUAUCGGACCUGAUGAUUUGGCAGAAUUGCAUGAUCCCAAGUCGAUGAAGAAGCUUUAUGAAUUAGGAGGUAUAGAUAGCUUGAGUGCCAACUUUACUACGAGCAUAAAGGGAGGCAUUAAUGAUGAAGACCAGCAUGAUAUGAAGAAGAGAAUGGAAUAUUAUGGAAAGAAUAAGUUACCAACGAAAGUUCGUAAAAAUUUCUUUGAGUUAUGUUUUGAUGCGUUGAAAGAUAAAGUUUUGAUCUUGUUGUCUGUGGCAGCGGUGAUCUCUUUAGCGUUAGGGCUCUACGAGACUUUUGGACAAGGUGUUAUGUACGAUGACGAAGGAAAUGCAUUACCUAAGGUCGAUUGGGUCGAAGGGGUCGCCAUCAUGGUAGCGGUUGCCAUCGUUGUUCUCGUUGGAGCUGCGAAUGACUUCCAAAAAGAACGUCAAUUUGCAAAAUUGAACGCUAAGAAAGAAGAUCGUGAACUAAUUGUUAUACGAAAUGGUUCGCAGAAGAUGAUUUCUAUUUACGAUUUAAUGGUGGGUGAUAUCACAAACUUACAGACGGGGGACGUAUUACCGGCGGAUGCAAUUUUAAUCAGCGGAGAGGUUGAGUGUGACGAAUCUGCAUUGACAGGUGAAGCCAAAACCAUUAGGAAGUCUCCUGCAGAGGAAGCAAUGCAAUUUUACGAGAGUCAAUUACCAACUAAUGAAGAUAUUGGAUCUAGUAGCAUUAAGUUCGAAGAUCCUUUCUUAAUAUCUGGAGCUAAGGUCUUGUCUGGUUUGGGUAAUGCCAUGGUUACUGCAGUGGGCCCUAAUUCUAUUCAUGGAAGGACUAUGGCAAGUUUAAAUCACGAAAAUGAAACAACCCCAUUACAAUUAAGAUUAGAUAAUUUAGCAGAAGGAAUUUCGAAGUAUGGAUUUUUGGCAGCCUUAGUGUUGUUCAUCGUAUUGUUUAUUAGAUACUGCGUUAAUAUUGCACCUGGAGGAAAAUUCAAUUUGUUGAAAAGUGCAGAGAAAGGUAAAAAAUUCGUGGAUAUAUUAAUUACUGCUAUUACUAUUGUGGUAGUUGCUGUUCCAGAAGGAUUACCAUUAGCGGUUACCUUAGCCUUAGCUUUUGCGAGUACUAGAAUGGCACAAAACGGUAACCUAGUAAGAGUGUUGAAAUCAUGCGAAACUAUGGGCGGAGCAACCGCUGUUUGUUCAGAUAAGACUGGUACUUUAACUGAGAACAGAAUGAGGGUUGUGAAGGGUUUCUUCGGGAACCAAGAAUUUGAUGAUACUGUUGGAAGCGAUGGCCCAAGGUCACUGGACAUGUUUUCGCAAAUGUUAGAUAAUUUGAAAGUUUUCUACUGUACCAAUGUGGCUAUUAACUCGACAUGCUUUGUGAAUCUGGAAUAUGAUGAAGAGAAAGCUAAAUUAGCGAAACAGAAGCCAAAGAGGCAAUCGCUCAUUAAGCAUUUACUCACAAACUCGAAUGAUCGUCAAAAGAGACAAGUAGAAUUUAGUCAAAACAAUGAGCCAUAUUUAGGUAAUAAGACUGAAAGUGCAAUGUUGAUCUUGGCUGAUGAAAAAUUGAAUUUGUUUGGUAAGAGAUCAUUAGAACAACAAAGACAAGAUAGUCUGCUGGAUGUUGUCCAAGUACUUCCAUUUGAAAGUUCUAGAAAAUGGUCAGGAGUUGUUAUGAAAAUUGAAAAUGGCUUUAGAUUUUAUUGCAAGGGUGCGGCAGAAAUUAUUUUCAAGAACUGUGGUUAUCAGUUUGAUCUGAAUGGUGAUAUCAUAAGAAUGGAUAGGAACUUACGUGAUGCUGCAUUAACAAAAAUAGAUCAAUAUGCUAAUGAUGCUUUAAGAGCAAUUGCUUCAUGUCACAGAGAUUUUGUGGGUAUCAGUAGCUGGCCACCUCAAGAAUUAGUCAAAGAUAUUAAGUCAGAAGCCGAUGCCGAAUUAUUGAUUAAUGUAAGUGGUAAUUUGGAAGAUGACAGAAAAAUGAUGAUUAUGGACAGUAUUGUUGGCAUUCAGGAUCCAUUAAAAGAAGGUGUUCCAGAAUCGGUUCUUCGUUGUAAACAAGCAGGAGUUUCUGUUAGAAUGGUAACAGGUGAUAAUCUUAUUACGGCAAAGGCAAUAUCUAAAAGUUGUAACAUUUUAACAUCCGAGGAUUUGUCGAACGAGUACGCAUUUAUGGAGGGGCCAGCUUUCCGUAAGUUAUCCGCUCAGGAGCGUGAUAAAGUUGCACCAAAAUUAAGAGUCUUGGCAAGAUCUUCGCCAGAAGACAAGAGAAUAUUGGUUGAAACAUUGCGUUCUCAGGGUGAGGUUGUCGCUGUAACGGGUGAUGGUACAAACGAUGCACCUGCUUUGAAAUUAGCUGAUGUUGGGUUCUCGAUGGGUAUUUCUGGUACAGAGGUUGCAAGGGAAGCUUCUGACAUUAUUUUAAUGACUGAUGAUUUUACGGAUAUAGUACAAGCUAUUAAAUGGGGUAGAACUGUUGCGUCAUCUAUCAAGAAGUUCAUUCAAUUUCAAUUAACGGUUAAUAUAACAGCUUGUUUGUUAACUUUUGUAUCCGCAGUUGCAUCUUCCGAAAAUAAGUCAGUAUUGACCGCAGUUCAAUUAUUAUGGGUUAAUUUGAUUAUGGAUACUUUAGCCGCUUUAGCUUUAGCUACUGAUAAGCCCGAUGAAUCAUCUUUGAGAAAAAAGCCUGCGGGAAGACAUACUCCAUUAAUUUCGGUUUCUAUGUGGAAAAUGAUUCUUGGUCAAUCAACGACUCAGUUGAUUGUCACAUUCGUUUUGCAUUUUGCCGGUAAAUCAAUCUUUUUUGGAUCAAGGCCUGCAACGAACCAUGAAAACCAACAAUUAGAUGCUAUGACAUUCAAUGCGUUUGUUUGGUUGCAAUUCUGGAAAUUGAUUGUGACUAGAAAAUUAGACGAAGCUGAUGGUGUAAGCAAGGUGAGGGAUAGGCUUACCAGAGACAAUUUAGACUUCACGCAACAUUUAUUCAGAAACUGGUAUUUCAUUGGCAUUGCUGCAAUUAUUGGAGGAGCCCAAGUAUUAAUUAUGUUCGUGGGUGGUGCUGCGUUUAGUAUUACUAGACAGACACCAGCGAUGUGGGGCACUGCAUUGAUUUGCGGUUUCCUUUCGAUACCGGCCGGUUUGAUCUUAAGAAUAAUUCCUAAUGAAUGGGUAGUAGCAAUAUUCCCAACCAAGGCAUUUAAUAUAUUCAUUUAUUAUGCUGGAUUCAAGUUUUUAAGAUCUAAGAAAAAAGCAAAAAGUGGCGUCAAUGAUGAUCUAGAAAGGUUUUCUUCAUCAGAUAAGGAUUAA